GAGAAGCGGAGCAAUAAGAGAAGCAGCAGGACAUUAGCAGAGACGAGUGUUUAAAUUUUUGCAAAACGUGCACUUCUAAUUUGAUCAACUCACUGAGGAUUGGUAAUGGUGUCUUCUAUGAGAAGGGGCCUACAGGCCUGGAUUCGGCGGCUCUUGCUUCUGCUCAUCACAUUCUGGGAGGCGGGGAGUGGCCAGCUCCACUACUCGAUCCUAGAAGAGGCCAAGCACGGUACCUUCGUGGGCCGAAUCGCGCAGGACCUGGGGCUGGAGGUGGCGGAGCUGGUGCCGCGCCUGUUCCGGGUGGCGGCCAAAGGCCGCGGGGACCUGCUGGAGGUGAAUCUGCAGAAUGGCAUUUUGUUUGUGAAUUCUCGGAUCGACCGGGAGGAGCUCUGCGGGCGGAGUGCGGAGUGCAGCAUCCACCUGGAGGUGAUCGUGGACAGGCCGCUGCAGGUUUUCCACGUGGAGGUGGAGGUGAAGGACAUUAAUGACAACCCGCCAGUAUUUCCAGCCACCGCAAAGACUAUCCGGUUUCACGAAUCGAGGCUGCUUGACUCUCGGUUUCCUCUAGAGGGAGCAUCUGAUGCAGAUAUUGGAGUAAACGCUCUUCUCUCCUACAAGCUCAGCUCCAGUGAGUUUUUCUUCCUAGAUAUACAGACAAAUGAUGAACUAAGCCAGUCUUUGUCUCUUGUCCUGGGGAAAUCUCUGGACAGAGAGGAAACUGCCGAGGUUAAUUUGUUACUGGUGGCUACUGAUGGGGGCAAACCUGAGCUCACAGGUACCGUUCAAAUACUUAUUAAGGUAUUAGACGUGAAUGACAACGAACCUACUUUUGCCCAAUCAGUUUACAAAGUAAAAUUGUUAGAGAAUACUGCAAAUGGGACCUUAGUAGUUAAAUUAAAUGCUUCGGAUGCAGAUGAAGGAUCAAACAGCGAGCUUGUGUAUUCGCUCAGUAGUGAUGUAUCUUCCACUAUACAGACCAAGUUCAAAAUAGAUCCCAGCUCAGGGGAAAUCAGAACUAAGGGAAAAUUAGAUUAUGAAGAAGCGAAAUCCUACGAAAUUCAGGUCACUGCAACUGACAAAGGAACCCCCUCAAUGUCAGGACAUUGUAAAAUUUCAUUAAAACUCGUGGACGUGAAUGAUAACACACCAGAAGUCUCAAUAACGUCUCUCUCACUUCCCAUCCCAGAGAACGCUUCACUGGGCACCGUCAUCGCUCUCAUCACAGUGUCCGACCGCGACUCUGGAACCAACGGGCAGGUGACCUGCUCCCUAACGGCCCACGUGCCCUUCAAGUUGGUGUCCACCUUCAAGAAUUACUAUUCUUUGGUGUUGGACAGCGUCCUGGACCGUGAGAGUGAGUCGGUGUAUAAGGUGGUGGUGACAGCUCGGGACGGGGGCUCGCCUUCGCUGUGGGCCACAGCCAGCGUGUCCGUGGAGGUGGCCGACGUGAACGACAACGCGCCGGCGUUCCCACAGCCCGAGUACACGGUGUUCGUGAAGGAGAACAACCCGCCAGGCUGCCACAUCUUCACGGUGUCGGCGCGGGACGCGGACGCGCAGGAGAACGCGCGGGUGUCCUACUCGCUGGUGGAGCGGCGGGUGGGCGAGCGCGCGCUGUCGAGCUACGUGUCGGUGCACGCGGAGAGCGGCAAGGUGUACGCGCUGCAGCCGCUGGACCACGAGGAGCUGGAGCUGCUGCAGUUCCAGGUGAGCGCGCGGGACGCGGGCGUGCCGCCUCUGGGCAGCAACGUGACGCUGCAGGUGUUCGUGCUGGAUGAGAACGACAACGCCCCAUCGCUGCAGGCGCCUUGGGCAAGUGGUACCGGCGGCGCGGUGAAUGACCUGGUACCUCGAUCUGUGGGUGCAGGCCACGUGGUGGCAAAGGUGCGCGCGGUGGACGCCGACUCUGGCUACAAUGCGUGGUUGUCAUAUGAGCUGCAGCCUGCAGCGGGCAGCCCGCACAGCCCAUUCCGCGUGGGGCUGUACACCGGCGAGAUCAGCACGACACGUUCCCUGGAUGAGGCAGACGCUUCGCUCCAGCGCCUGCUUGUGCUGGUGAAGGACCACGGUGAGCCCGCACUGACCUCCACGGCCACCGUGCUGGUGUCACUGGUGGAGAGUGGCCAGGCGCCGAAGGCCUCUUCGCGGGCGUUGGUGGGCGCUGUGGGCCCGGAAGGGGCGCUGGUGGAUGUGAACGUGUAUCUCAUCAUCGCCAUCUGCGCUGUGUCCAGCCUGUUGGUGCUCACGCUGCUUCUGUACACAGCGCUGCGAUGCUUUGUGUCGCCCAUCGAGGGCGCGUGUGGGCCUGGGAAGCCCAUGCUGGUGUGCUCCAGCGCGGUGGGGAGCUACUCGCAACAGAGGAGGCAGAGGGUGUGCUCUGGAGAGGGUCCGCCCAAGACCGACCUCAUGGCCUUCAGCCCCAGCCUUUCUCAAGGUCCAGACUCCGCAGAAGAAAGACAACAGCCCUCAGAAUCAGAGGGCUUAAGAAAGGUGAGCGUUUUACUUUUUCUUGCCAAUUCUAGAAUUGUUCUAUUUCCUUAUUCUUUAUGAUUUAUAUUAAUUAUUUAGAUUCAUAGCUCUGGCUUUAUUUUGUAUCAUUAUCCUACCAUG